CAGCGCCAAGCCAUCGCCUUCUUUCCACCAACAAUCACGUCAUUUCAGCACUGUUUUCUCGAUCUAUAUUAAAUAAAUAUCUAUUACAUUUCCCCUUUUUCCCCUCCAUUGUAAAACACCUCAUUUCUCUCUCUCUAUAAGAUACCCGUAUUCUAUAUCCUAGCCAAGGACAUAUCCAUAUCCCUUCUAUUCUCCUUCUUCCGGUUCAAGUUUGUCGGAACGGAUCACCAUCUUCUACCCCGCGGCGGGUAGCCAACCCCACCAAUAAUUCAUCUCGAUGACGCUUAUAGAAGAAGGGAACUCAUACCAACAACCUCAAACCCUCAAUUGAUAUCAAACCCCAAAUCAUAAGCAUGGCCACCAACAUAACCUACCACCCCCCGCACCUAACCCGCGCCGAGCGCACCGCCCUCCGCAAACAACAAGGCCUCACAAUCUGGCUAACCGGCCUCUCUGCCUCCGGCAAAUCCACCAUCGCCGUCGAGCUCGAACACCAGCUGCUAACCCACUACAACGUCGCCGCCUACCGCCUCGACGGCGACAACAUCCGCUUCGGCCUCAACAAGGACCUCGGCUUCAGCGAGGCAGACCGCAACGAGAACAUCCGCCGCAUCGCAGAGGUCGCGAAGCUGUUCGCCGACAGCAACACCAUCGCCAUCACCUCGUUCAUCUCGCCGUACCGCAAGGAUCGGGAGACCGCGCGCCAGUUGCAUGCGGCGGCGAUACAUGGCGAGGAAGGCGGCCAGGGGUCCUCUGGUUUGCCGUUUGUAGAGGUCUAUAUCGAUGUACCCGUUGAGGUGGCGGAGCAGAGGGAUCCGAAGGGGUUGUAUAAGAAGGCGCGCGAGGGGAUAAUCAAGGAGUUUACGGGGAUUAGUGCGCCGUAUGAGGCGCCGGAGAAGCCUGAGAUUCAUAUCAAGAGUCAUGAGGUUGGGAUCAAGGAGGCGGUUGCGGUGAUUAUUGAGUAUUUGGAGGCGAAAGGGUAUUUGCCCGAACGAGCCGUGCAGAAUUAGAGUUGUUAUUGUUCUAAUCUCUCUCUCUCUCUCUCUCUCUCUCCCUUUUGUUUUUU